AUGACUCAUCGAAAACUGUAUGAAUCCCGUGGUGCACAAUAUCGUAAAGAAAGUGAAACAACGAGUUUUUGUUUAUAUGCUCCUAAUGCAAGAAGUGUUUGGCUCAUUUUAACAGCCUAUGAUACCGCAGCACCACCUGGCCAAAUAUUUCUCUAUCUAAUUGAUGAUUAUCAUGGAAGACAAAUGUUACGAACAGAUCCUAUUAGUUUUUCUGUUGUUCACAUUUUUGAAGUGAAUCAAGUGCAUUCCGUUGUUCAUGAUGAAACAGCUUAUCAAUGGAACGAUCAAAAUUGGUUGAGACAACGUUCUCAAACUGACCCAUUACGAUCUCCUUCAUCGAUCUAUGAAAUUCAGCCAAAAUCUUGGAAAAGUAGUACCUAUAAACCAUUAAAAUUCCGUCAAAUUGCAGCUGAAUUAGUUUCAUAUUGUCAACAAAUGGGUUUUACUCAUGUUGAAAUUAUAGGAAUUCUCGAACAUACACAUCAAGGCGGACGUGGUUAUCAGGUAUCGAACUUUUUUGCUCCUUAUCGACAUAGUGGAACAUGUGAUGAUUUCGAAUAUCUUAUUGAUCUCUUACAUCAAAAUAAUAUUGGUGUUAUUCUCGAUUGGAUACCGACACAUUAUCAUCGUUGGCAUCAAUCUCAUUUCUAUUCAACGUCUUUACAUGCAAGUAGUUCUUCACCAUGGGAAACACGAAGAUUUUUAUUUGCUAGUGCACUUUAUUAUCUUGAUCGACUUCAUAUCGAUGCAAUUCGUUUUGAUGCUAUUAGUCAAAUGAUUCGACGUCAACAUAAAGAUAUACCUAGUGCAAUUUCAUUUUUACAUGAACUCAAUCAGACGAUUCAUACGUAUUAUCCUGGUGUUUUAUGUAUUGCAGAAGAAACUGAAGGUUAUCCAAAUCUAAAAACAACGAUGAGUUUUGAUUUGAAAUGGAAUAUUGGUUGGAGUUAUGAUGCACGAAAUCUUCUUCGUACACCAUAUGCUGAACGACCUCAACAUUGGAAACAGAAAGUAUUGGAUACAUUGAAUUGGUCUCGAUGGGGACCAGAUAAAAUGAUUUUAACAUUAAGUCAUAAUGAUACAGAUUCGGGAGAACAUAAUAAAAUUUUUUUGCUUGACAACGAUAUGCGCCUAGUCGUAUGGUCAUAUGAUUCAUAUGGGAGAUGUAGUUGUACAACUCAUGUCUUGCAAAUUCAACAUCCACAAUUUUGGCAAUAUGGUGAAUUAGAUUUUUCAUUGAUUUAUGAAUAUGGUCUAAAUUUAGUAAUAGCUUAUGAUCGAGGUAUUUACAAUAAUCGACGAAUUGUUAUUAUUCAUAAUUUUUCAAAUCGUGGCUAUAAAACUUAUAAUAUACCUUUACCAAAAUCGGAUCCUAAUGUAGCAUGUGUUCAGAAUGUAACAGAAAUUUUCAAUACUGAUCAUCCAAAAUAUAGCGGUUCAGGUUUAUUUGAAAAUCAACAGCUAAUAAUUCAACGGCAUAAUGAUGGAAAUAUGUUGUUCAAACUAACUAUUCCUCCUCUUUCAACAAUUAUUUUAGAGGAAAUUUUAAUUUAA